CUCGACGUCCGGAUAUGUUGCAUGAGCUUUUAGCUGGAUUACUGGGAUAUGGCAGUGCCUUGUCUUUGGAUCAUCUUCCUGGUUUACAUCCAUCUGAAAAACAAAUUAUUGUCCAGUUACAAACACUGGGAUCCAAAUAUGUUCUCAUUACCAACUUUGUUCAUACCAUUCAAAAAGGCAUCGACUGUUGCUUAAAACCCACCACUACCGACAAGCAAACGUUUAAUAUUACAGAAAGUAGUCAAAAUGGGUUGUAUUUAAACGCAUUGGCAAUGGGAAUUCAGACAGUUUUGGUUGAACCGUAUCGCACAACUGUAGUAGAUUUAGAACGACAUAUACUGGAUCCAAAUAAUUCUAUUACCCGUGGUGGAGCUACUCCCGUAUCUAUGAUUGCUGCCAUUAUGGAACCUUUUCAGUUACGGUUGGACCAUGUUUUGCAGACAAUUAAAAAAGCUUCAGAUUCAACUCUGCCUGACGAUCAACGUUAUACUGGAAUCCAUAUUUUGGAUUUGUUGCGUGACCAAAGUGUAUGUGGUAUUCCAUCCGUCAAAGAUCUAAUGCACAGAUUGCAUGCUGUUUGCAUGCGAGUAUUUUGUAAACAGCUCAUGUGUUGGAUGAUGUAUGGACUGAUUUCUGAUCCAUAUCAAGAGUUUUUUAUUGUUGCCAAGAAUCAGAAACGUGGUGGAAAUGCAUCUACACACGUUUUGGAUCUGCAAGAAUUAAAGUCCAUGACUUGGACUGGUUUAUUUGAAAUCAGUAAAGAGAAACUCCCGUAUUACAUAUCUAUAGAUCUUGCUGAAACUAUACUAUUUAAUGGGAAAGCCAUGUCCAUCAUAUCUUCAUGCCGACCAGAAUCAGUAAAUGAAAUCAUUCAGCAAUAUACAAACAAAAUUGCAAAUGUAUGCCAAGAAAACAUAUGCAACAUACCAAAUCAAAUACAUGACAUUGUUACUAUAUGCAAAGAUAUGAACAAGCAAGUUACUCGUAUCAUUUGGGACAUUGUUGUAUUGGAGAAACAUUUACCAACACAUUUGAAUGCAUUUCGCGAUGUGUUUUUGGCUGGAAAAGGAGACUUUAUCUUGGAAUUACUGAGUGAAUUUGAUCGUCUUAAACACUCCAUGAACACAACUUUGGUGAACAUAACUAGUCAGGAUGUAAAACAAGUGUUUCACAAGUCAUGGACACGAUGUGAAUGGCCAACAAAUAUGACUGAACACAUCAAGUCGCGAUUCAGCCUUGUUUUGUCUAGUUUACAAUCUUCCACACCUCCGAGCGCAUCUACUCCUCAGAUUGGUACGUAUAGUUCAACACCACCUGAUACUCCAGUAGAAACUUGUCAUUACGCUUCACACAGUCUGGGCGUUCCGCUUCGUCUUGAUUACGAUAUAUCAUGGCCAUUGGAUAUAUUACUCAAUAAGAGUGAUGUUGACAAGUACAGCAACGUGUUUAUGUUUUUAAUGGCGCUGCGAAGGAUUCAUGUGCGACUACAAAGGGUGUUUCGUGAAAGGGGUGUCAAUGUACUACCUUAUCGUCAAAGUGUUUGGACUAUGGAUUUAAUUGAAGUCGAGUUUCAGCAGUUUGUAAACUAUACGCUUGGAAAAAACACCACCGCGAAUCAUGCUGACGAUGUGAGUGCACAUUCUUUAUCUCUUGCAAGUCCAAAUCAUUUGGAACAUACUAGCCCAACGACCUCCAUAAGUGAUGAUAUGCCUAGUUUUGAUGAUAUCCAACGAGCACAUAUGAGAUGUCUUGAACGAAUUUGCUCAGGAUGCUUUCUUGACAAUGGAUCGAUUGUUGGUUUGGCAAUACGCGAGGCUAUAGAUUUAUGCGAUGGGUUGUGCGGACUUACCGAGCGAAUAGAUCCACAUGGUAAUGGGCGAUCAGAACAUGUGUUGAACGGGGACAUGUCUGCAUAUCAAGCUAACAUGGCAGCUGAAAUUGAAUCGAUUGGUCAGCAAUUCGAAACACGGGCAUCUACUUUAUUUCAAGCUGUCUCGAGUGUCCAAGGUAUGCAUGCAGCCAAGUCAUUGGGUCAACUUCUUAUCCGUCUUGAUUUCAAUACGGCCGAUUGCACAUUUUCUCAGGGUGGAAUGAUGGCUAGAUGAUUUAGUUUACAACUGUGUAAAGAUUGCUUAAGCAAAAUAGCGAGUUUGACAAACCAUCAGAAUGGGUUGGGUUGAAGCCGUUGACGGGUUGUAGAUCUAGUACUGAGUUGUAAUGUGGUGCAAGGAUUGUAAAGCUCAAUGUCUUGGCUUCAAUCACUUUUGUCUAUGAAUAAAUUGAGAAUCAUUACUAGC